CAGAAAAACUUCCAGCUCACAAACACUCGGACCCUUCUACUCAUUUCAUGGCCAUCUCCUCCUCAUUACCGUCUCCAUUUUCUCUCAUUUUUCCUUUUCUUUUCAAAAUUUUCUGAGAAUACUUAGAAGCUCACGGACACUGAUAUCCAUAACCAUUUCAUUUGAACUGUAAAUGCGAGACUCUGUAGAUCCGCCAUUCUAAUUAUACACACGCCGACAAACACGUUGGCGAGCUGAGCAGAACAAUGGGGGCUCUCAUAGAGUCGUGGUGUUUCUGCAAGGGAGUAGGCAAGUCUGAGAGAAUGAAGGCCGCCAUUUUCACCGGCAAAAGCCCGGCUAUGGCGAGUAUAUGUAGCCCCAGGAGCGACUCCUGUGGUACUGGAUUUUUAAUUCAUCGGAAUCUGCUUCUGACUACUCACGUCAACAUUCCCUCUGUUGCCGCUGCUGAAAGUUCGGAGAUCCGGCUGCAAAAUGGCGUUGCUGCGACCCUAGUUCCUCACAGAUUUUUCAUCACUAGCUCUGUUCUAGAUCUCACAAUAGUGGGUUUAGAUUCUGUGGAUGGAGAAUCAAAUGCCCACUGUCAGCAGCCUCACUCAUUGAAGAUCUGUUCCAAACCAAAUAUGGAUCUGGGCAGCAUCAUUUACCUUUUAGGUUAUACAGUGAAGAGAGAACUAAUAGUUGGUGAAGGAAAGGUAGUGAUAGCCACAGACAAUCUUAUAAAACUGUCAACUGAUGGAAUUAUAUGGAGUCCUGGGUCUGCCGGUUUUGAUGUACAUGGUAAUCUUGCAUUUAUGAUCUGUGAUCCAAUGAAACUAGCUACAUCUCCAAACACCAAAUCUUCUUCAACUUCAUCAUCAUCCUCAUUGUCAAUGAAGAAGGAAUCUCCGAUGCAAUUUGGUAUCCCAAUUCCCAUUAUCUGUGAUUGGUUAAACCAGCACUGGGAAGGCAGCCUUGAUGAACUUUCCAAGCCUAAGUUAGCGCUCAUUAGACUUAUGUCUACGGGCCAGAGGAGUGACCAUUCAUGUGCUUCCUUCACACUUCGCCAGGUUUUCAAGCAAACUGCCAACAAUGAUGGGAUCCCAUCUUCAUCAAAUAAAAUUUUGACAGCUAGGAAUGAGCUAGGACCAAGUUCUUCUGCUGCAGCGAACAACAUUGGAGAAGCAGCCAAUGAUCCUCAUGUUUCCCAUGAACAGGGAAUCCCUACUCCAGAAAUAUAUGAAUCGCCAAAAUUAACUGCAGUGCCUGUACGGAAGAAAGAGAACGUGAAUAGCCAGCUUUUGGAUAUCAAUUUCCCUCCAAAGGUUUUGAAAGCUACGGUCUUAUCCCGAUCGGUGAAACAGCUGCCAUCGGUUUCUGGUGAGAACUGUGUGGGGGAAUUGCCUCUGGAGAGACCAUUCCAAGAAGAAGACCAAAUCAAUGAUGGUGAACUGACUGGUCCUGCUGCUGAUGCCGAGAUAGCCUCUACAAGGUCUGUAAAUGGGGCCCAAAGUGAGGUCCAUUCUAGUUGCUCCCCAAUCAAACUUUCAGAAAUGCAUAAUGGGUACAGCAGCGAGGGAGAGACUACUAUGUACUCUGCAGAAACUGCAGAGAGCCGAAACUAUGCGAGUCCCAGAGAGGAAAAGUCUAAGCAAGUUGGAAGGAGCCAGAGUUGUGUGAGUUACAAUAGAUGGGAAGUUGUGCACAGGAACCCAAUGGCUCGCAGGGAUAUGCUUGAACAGCAGAGGAGCUUCAUCCAUGGCAGGAAGAUGUAUUCACAAGGGGCAACUUCACAGAGAAGUAACGACUACUACAGCCCAACUGUCUCCUCUAUCAUGAAAAAGCGGAACAACUCAGAGCAGCCAACCAGACCCCAGCUCCCAACCAGAACUCGACAGCAAAGUGCGGUUCAUUCGUCUCCUAGAUGGAUGUUUUGAUUGAUUCUUGACAAGUUUGAUACCCAGAAGUGAAGAUCAACAGCGAAGAUAAAUAGUUUGCUUAUAAGGUUUGAACUCAGUGUCCAUUUACAUUAUCCAUACUGUAACUAAGAUGUUACCAUGUUCAGACUAAUAUGAGAUGAAUAAGAAAAAGUUAAUCAGGUUGUAGUA